UUGYGUAUCUAGUGGGCUAAACGGACACCGCUGGUGUACAGAAGCAGCGUCUCCCCGGUUCAGGUGUGAUGAAGCUUUAGACCCCAGGAGGACGAUGCUGUCCCACCUCAGACGGACGUUUUGUGUCCUGAGUGCCGGAGUCCAGCGGGCCUGGAGCAGCUCCAGCUGCCUCUUCAUGGACCCGUCCAGCCCUGGACUGGUCCUCCAGUCUCAGUCCACUGAUGUGUUCCAGAACCUGGCGCUGGAGGACUGGAUUGACGCCCACGUUGACCUGCAGCAGCGCAGCAUYCUGCUGYUGUGGAGGAACCGGCCCGCCGUCGUCAUUGGCCGCCAUCAGAACCCUUGGGCCGAGUGCAGCCUACCGGCCAUGAGGAGCGCUCAGGUCCCUGUGGCCCGGAGACGCAGCGGCGGCGGGACKGUCUACCACGACCUUGGGAACCUGAACCUGACCUUCUUUGCUUCCAAGAAGGCGUACGACCGUCGGAGGAACCUGAAGGUGGUGACGGACGCCCUGCAGAGAGUCCGGCCGCAGCUGGACGUGCAGGCCACUGACAGGUUGGACAUUUUACUGAAUGGACAGUACAAGAUCUCAGGCACAGCAUCCAGACUCAGCAGGAAGUCGUCCUACCAUCACUGUACCCUCCUCCACUCUGCUGACCGCUCCGCCAUCACCACUCUGCUCCGCCCCUCCUGCCCCGGUAUCCAUAGCAAUGCCACACCCAGCGUCCCCUCACCUGUGGCCAACCUGACAGACCACGCCCCCUCCCUGCAGUGGGAGGAGUUACUGGAGGCUGUGGUGCAGCAGUACAGCUCAGAGUUUGGCCUCACGUCUACAUCCCGGUGCAUCGACCCGGCUGACGAGGUUCUGUUUCCGGGCGUGGGCAGCAUGGAGGCGGAGCUACGCAGCUGGGAAUGGACGUUUGGGAAGACGCCAAAAUUCAGGGUGGAGACGGAGCUGGAGCUAAGGGACGAGCAGCCGGCGGCUCGCUGCAGUGCUGAGCUCCAGCUGGAGGUGAAGAACGGGCUGGUGGAGAGCUGCCGGGUGGAGGUACCGGCCGCCUGGCUUCCUGAGCGGCUCAGCGCCUCGCUGGCCCAGGCUCUGCUGGGAGAACGCUUCUGUCCACACAGGGCCGCCGCUGCUCUGAGCACAGCCAAGUUUCAGCUGAAGCACAGCGGCACCAUGGGGAAGAAACAGAAGAAAUCUGGAGAGGACAGGGUGGGACCGGCCCGAGAGAACUUCCCCACCGUCUUAAAUCCCUGA